UGCCGCGCGGAGGUCGUGUGGUUUACGACACGGCGCCAAACAAAUCGCGAUCCCUAAAAUUUUUACAAAAUUCAAAUUGUACAACUUGUUCUCAGUGAAUUUGGACUUUUAAAUAGUUUUUAUAGUUCAUAUUGAGAUCUACCUACUUAGUGCCAAUUUUUAUUUCAUCUGAAGUUGUGAUCUUAAAGACGAAACAAUGUCGGCGAACGUCAUUUUGGGGUGCGUUAUGGCGCUGGUUAUCAUACUCUUCACAAUUAGCUCUAUGGCCAGAUAUUACAUUAAGUUCACAUUAUUCAUCGUAAUGGCGUUAAUAUUCGCCACAGCACCAGUGCCACUUAUGUUGAUCAAACCAUUCGACCCGAGAAACGCAUUAAUACCAGCAUUCUUCCUUAGAUGCUUUGCGAGGUUAUUGGGUCUACGAUGGAAGGUCAGAGGGCUAGAGAACGUGGACAAUAGUAGGGGAGCGGUUGUUCUACUAAAUCAUCAGAGCAGCUUGGAUCUUUACGCGUUAGCAAUAAUAUGGCCGCUCAUGUCUCGGUGUACGGUGGUCUCGAAGCGGUCGCUGCAGUACCUCGUACCGUUUGGCACUGCGACUUGGCUGUGGGGCACCGUUUUCAUAGACCGGGGAGCUAAAAGUGCACGCGAUGCCCUCAACAAGCAAGUCGACGCUAUCAAGGACCAAAAGAGAAAACUACUACUGUUUCCUGAGGGUACGAGGCACUGUGGUGACAGACUGUUGCCGUUCCGCAAGGGGGCAUUCCACGUGGCUAUGGACGCGGGCGCGCCCAUCCAACCCGUUGUUAUUUCGAAGUACCAUUACCUCGACGGGAAGCGACACAAAUUCGGCUCAGGCGAGUUCAUCGUGUCCUUCCUGCCAACGAUUGAAACUGAAGGUUUGACGAAAGACGACAUCCCGACCUUAGUAGAGAAGACACAACUCAGCAUGCAGGAAGAGUUCACAAAGAUCUCGAUGGAAACGUUAGAGCGACGCAACCGACUCAAGGCUGAUUAGAUGAGGUAAUUACAAAAUGUCAUAUCGUCGUGUAAAAAGAGCUGUG